AUGUCUUCGGCACCUUCGAGCGGUGCGUGGGUGCAACCCGAGCAGCCUACGACGAUGGCUGCGGUUCCGGAUCCAGAAAUGUCAACAUCCCAAAACACAUCGUCGUCGGCAUCUAUAUCUUCUGAAAAGCCAAACGAUGGAAGCCCGCCAGCAGAAGCACCUGCAUUCAAGCCGACGAUACGACUUGUCCUCGCAUUUGCAGCUCUUUCGGUUUUGACGCUCAUGGUCGCCCUGGACGGCACGUCGAUAAGUGUAGCCUUGCCCAUCAUUGCAAGAAAACUGCAUGGAUCUGCCAUCGAAGCCUUUUGGGCAGGUACCUCUUUUCUGCUAGCAUCGACCGUGCUCCAGCCGACUUUCGCCUCCUUCAGCCACAUUUUUGGUAGAAUGCCAGUCAUCAUGGUUUCCAUCACCUUCUUCUUCGUCGGGGUCAUGAUGGCUGCUCUCUCUAAUGACUUUGCACUCCUGCUUACUGGAAGAUCGAUCCAGGGCAUCGGCGGCGGUGGCAUCAUCACAAUGUCCGAGAUUGUCGUGACUGACCUCGUCCCUCUGCGUUACCGGGGCCAGUGGGCUGGUAUCCUGGCCGGCAUGUGGUCCAUCGGUUCAGUCGGGGGUCCGAUCAUUGGCGGAGCCUUUGUUCAGGUACAAUGGCGCUGGAUCUUUUGGAUCAACCUACCUUUUAUCGGCGUUGGUGUUGUUAUGGUUCCCUUGUUUCUCAGACUGAACAUCAUCCCUCAGAGUAUCGCCGCCAAAUUGCGCAGAGUCGACUGGAUCGGAACGGUCAUCUUCGUUGGCAGCAUGACUAGCUUCCUCAUACCUCUUACCUGGGGCGGUGUCAUGUAUGCCUGGUCGUCAUGGAGGACUCUGGUUCCUCUCCUUGUUGGCCUUGCAGGUUUGGUUGGCUUCUGCUUCUACGAGGCCUACCUGGCCCCGGAGCCGCUUUUGAGGCUUUCAGUCUUCCGCAACCGCACCACAAACAUCGCAUACGUCACGACCACUCUUCACGGCAUGAUCCUGUGGUGUCUGUUGUAUUACAUGCCAUUGUACUUUGAAGCCGUCAAAGACUAUUCGCCAGUCAUCUCGGGAGUUGCUUUGUUCCCUUCGACCUUCACCGUUGCCCCGAUGGCUGUGGUGACUGGUAUCUUGAUCACCCGAUUUGCAUCCUAUCGCUGGGCCAUCUGGCUGGGCUGGACCGUCUCGACACUUGGUCUGGGUCUCCUUACUUUACUCAAGGUCCAUACGAGUAUCCCACAGUGGAUCUUCAUUGACCUUGUUUCGGGCUUCGGUCUCGGAAUCUUGUUUCCAGCCCUGCAAUUUGAACUUCAAGCUGCCAGCUCCAAUCAGGACAUGGCGUUCGCGGUGGCCGUGUUCGUCUUUGCUCGGAGCCUUGGGCAGACCUUUGGAAUUGCAAUUGGAGGUGUGAUUUUCCAGAACCAGAUGGUGAAAAAGUUGCAAGCAUACCCUGCUUACGCUGCGCAAGCCUCGGAGCUAGCAAAGGAUGCUGCUGCAUUAGUGGAGAUCAUCAAGAAAACACCGCAAGGAGUGGGCAAGUUGCAACUCAUGACGGCGUACACCGACAGCCUGAGGACGGUGUACAUCGUGAUCGCGGCCAUCUCGGGCGUCUGCCUGGUCGCCAGUCUUUUCGUCAAGGCCUACGAUUUGAACGUUGGACUCGAGACAGAUCAAGGGUUGGUGGAAGGGUCGAGGGAGAAGGAAGUCAAGCUUGAGGAUGGACAAGGAAACAACUGA